AUGAAAGCUAAGGCUCUGCGGGAGCAACGUGAAGCUGAAUUAGCUGCGCAGGCUCGCUCGACGGGGACAUCCCCCAACACCUCGCAAGCCGCCCAAGGACUCAAGCGUUCUCAUGCCUCGAUGACCACGGGCAAAGCUCCCCCUACCACCGUACGAGAUGCCCGUACGAAUGCACCUUCCUCGGAUCGCCCGCUUGACGAGAUCAAACCCGCGCGCAACUUCACUCGAUAUGUCGAAUACGAUUUCAGCAAAAUGACGGAUACCAAGGGUGGAUUCUUGACACAGGAGGAUGAUCCAUUCAAUAAGGCGCUGCAUGUGUCUGAUGAGAAGGAGGCUCAGAAACCUGCCAACAUGACUCAAAGGGAAUGGGAACGACAUCAACUGCUUCAAAAUCUCCGACGAAAUCGCGAGGGACCUUUUGAGCCAGGAUUGAGUGUCUUAGAUGAUAAAAGCAAGCAAAAGACUUGUCGCGAAUGCGGCAGUCUAGAAAUUGACUGGAAGUGGGAAGAGCAACUUCGGUGUCAGAUCUGCCACUCCUGCAAGGACAAAUACCCAGAAAAAUACAGCCUUCUCACCAAGACCGAGGCACGAGAGGAUUAUCUUCUCACAGACCCCGAGCUGCGUGACGAAGAGCUACUUCCUCAUCUCGAAAAGCCCAAUCCCCACAAGUCUACCUGGAACAGCAUGAUGUUAUAUCUCCGCUAUCAAGUGGAAGAAUAUGCAUUCUCGGACAAGAAGUGGGGUUCUCCCGAAGCGUUAGAUGCCGAGUUUGAACGCCGGGAGACCGACAAGAAGCGGCGUCGAGAAGCGAAAUUCAAAACGAAGCUGCAGGAUCUGAAGAAGCGUACUCGUGUGGAAGCCUACCGGCGCAAUCGGCAGGGUGCUGCGGGCGGUGAUUUUGGCGACGACCUGAGUACCAAUCGGAAACAUGUCCAUCAAUGGGGUCGAACGGUUGAUAAUCCAGAGACGGGAAUCGGCGUGAAGACCUGCGUGGACUGUGGGAUGGAGGUCGAAGAAUUGGAGUUCUGA